CCUCCCACCACUGCACUCGCUUACUGCUGGCUGCCAAUAACAGCCUCCAAGAAAGAGAAACUUUAGUUUCAUCUUCCCCAGAGUCUCUUUGUGCAGGGCUCCAGACAACAAGGAAGAAGGCACUGGCAGAGUCUGCUCACCAGAAGAAGUGCAACUAGGAAUGGCUGUCCCAACCGUUGUGACGAUCCAGCCACAGUACGGCAUGGCCGUGCCCACUGCCUCGAGAAACAUGUGGCAGACAGGGUUGAUGGACUGCUGCUCGGACUGCGGCGUGUUCUGCUGUGGGUUAUUCUGCUUCCCGUGCCUGGCGUGCCAACUCGCUGGGGACAUGAAUGAGUGCUGCCUAUGUGGGACCAGCGUGGCCAUGAGGACCCUCUACCGUACCAGAUACAACAUCCCGGGGUCCAUUUGCUCUGACUGUUGUGUCAGUAUGUGGUGCCUCAUGUGCUCUGUUUGCCAAAUGAAGAGAGACAUCAACCGGAGGAAGGAGCUGGGCAUAUUCUGAUGCUGCCAUCCUCACUGCAUCCUGCAGAGCUGCUGCAGGCAGGAGUCACCGCAUUCUUGGCUGUUGGGAAAUGCACCAUGGAGAGGUUGCCUUGACUGUGCUUGAUUUCCCUUUCCCCAGGUAGCAGCAGCAAUAAAGAGCAGUUUGUCUUCCUG